AUGCAUUUCGCUAAGCUCGAUGAUUCGCCCAUGUUUCGCCAACAGAUGCAAAGUAUGGAAGAGAGUGCGGAGAUGCUGCGAAUGCGAUGCUUAAGGUUCUAUAAAGGAAGCAAAAAAUACACGGAGGGACUCGGAGAAGGGUAUGAUGCAGAUAUUGGAUUCGCAAACGCACUUGAAUCUUUCGGUGGAGGCCAUAAUGAUCCCAUCUGUGUUGCUUUUGGAGGUCCUGUAAUGACAAAAUUCAAUAUUGCUCUACGAGAAAUCGGAACUUACAAGGAAGUUCUUCGUUCUCAGGUAGAACACAUGCUGAAUGAUCGGUUGCUUCAGUUUGUGAAUGUUGAUGUCCAAGAAGUUAAGGAAGCACGUAAACGGUUUGACAAAGCUUCCGUUGUAUACGAUCAGGCACGAGAGAAAUAUCUUUCAUUAAGGAAGAGUACAAGAUUGGAUGUAGCUGCCACAAUUGAGGAGGACCUACAUAGCGCAAGAACAACGUUUGAGCAAGCCCGGUUUCAUCUGGUUAGUGCACUCUCUAAUGCGGAAGCUAAAAAGAGAUUUGAGUUCUUGGAAGCAGUCAGUGGAACGAUGGAUGCUCAUCUCCGUUUCUUCAAACAGGGAUAUGAGCUGCUACACCAAAUGGAGCCUUUUAUUAAUCAGGUGUUGGCGUAUGCACACCAGUCUAGAGAAUGUGCAAACUACGAGAUGGCAUCACUUAAUGAAAGGAUGCAAGAGUACCAAAGGCAAGUUGAUAGAGAAACUAGAACCUCAUGUGGUUCUCCAACAGGAGAUGGCAUGAGACAUAACUCAAGAAACUCGCAGAAAGUCAUUGAGUCUGUCAUGCAGUCUGCUGCUAAAGGAAAAGUUCAGACCAUAAGACAAGGGUACCUGUCUAAACGUUCCUCGAACUUGAGAGGUGACUGGAAAAGAAGAUUCUUUAUCCUUGAUAGCCGUGGGAUGCUUUACUAUUACCGUAAGCCAUGGAAUUGGUCUUCAGGAAAUGGAAACCGGUCUAUUGUUCAUAGGAAUAUGAGUUCAGAAAACAGUCCUGGACUGCUAAGCCGGUGGCUGUCUUCUCAUUAUCACGGUGGUGUGCACGAUGAGAAACCAGUUGCACGUCACACUGUGAAUCUGCUGACCUCAACGAUCAAAGUCGAUGCAGAUCAAACCGACCUAAGAUUCUGCUUUCGAAUCAUUUCGCCAACAAAAGUCUAUACAUUGCAGGCAGAGAAUGCGCAGGAUCAGAUGGACUGGAUCGAGAAGAUAACCGGUGUGAUUGCUUCUUUGCUGAGUUUCCAAACACCUGAAAGAGCAAUCAUGCGUCUUUCUACAGUGGACGGAGGAGAUACGUUCUCUGCAAGUGAUUCAGGUUCUUUAGCAGAUCCAUAUGACAUCGAGCAGGCAGAGAUUGGAGAAUCCACAAUGGACAACCCCAUGACUGAAAGAAACCGUUCGAGGUUCUCAGGGUGCUUGCAGCAGCAUGACAUGGCCAAGACUGAAAAGCCAAUUGAUGUCUUGACAAGAGUCUUGGGGAAUGAGAAAUGUGCAGAUUGUGGUGCUCCUGAACCUGAUUGGGCCUCUUUAAACCUCGGUGUCCUCAUAUGUAUUGAAUGUUCUGGUAUACAUCGUAACCUUGGUGUUCACAUUUCAAAGGUGAGAUCACUCACACUUGAUGUUAAAGUAUGGGAGCCAUCGGUCUUGACGCUGUUCCAGUCGUUAGGUAACGUUUAUGUAAACUCAGUGUGGGAGGAGUUGUUGAACUCAGAGAGUAGAUCUUCAAGUGCUAGUAAGUCUUCUUCAGGCACUCCCAAGUCAGAUCGACCAAGAAAGUUUCUUGCAAGGAAGCCUGGUUUCAACGAUCCCAUUUCUGUUAAAGAGUUGUUCAUUCACGCAAAGUACUCAGAGAGGAUUUUUGUCCGGAAAGCAACAGAUAGUGAGCAUUUUGAGGCAGUUUUCCAAGAGAUAUGGGAGAAUGUCCGAGCCAACGACAAGAAAUCAGUUUACAGACACAUUGUCUGCUCUGAAGCAGAUGUGAAUGCGCUACGUGGACAAGCAUCGUACACAGUGUCUUUGCCUUUAGCAAAGAUGAUGCAGAUGGAAGCCAAGGAGGAAACACUUGAAGCCAAAUUCAAGAGCAUUGAAGAGGAGUUUAGUGAGAAUCCAGAGGGAUAUUCAAACUCUGAAAGUACGGUCAGAGAAGAGACUUCAAGCGACUGUUCUUUGCUUCACCUCGCUUGUCUCUCUGCGGAUAUCGGUAUGGUGGAACUUUUGCUUCAGUACGGCGCGAAGAUCAAUGCAACGGAUUCGAAAGGUCGGACUCCACUUCACCAUUGUAUCAUCAGCAGGAGAUAUGCAAUUGCAAGGUUGCUACUUAUGAGGGGAGGAGAUCCAAAUGCUGUGGAUAAAGAGAAUAACAUACCGGUGAAGUAUGCUUCGGAGACAGACCUCAACGACAGCGAACUGAUUGCUUUAUUAACAGACUCCAAAAGAUGA